AUGUUCGAUGGUUUUCAAGAUUUAAUAGGAAAAAUAUGGGAUGCUGUCAGAUCUAAUUCAGAUACAUCGCAAUACGAGUAUAAACUUCAAAAACUUUUAACAUCUUUUGUUGUCAGUGAAAAUUCAAAUGUUUCAGCUGAACAGUUUCCAACUCAAACCAUUGAUAAUAUUAGAGGUAUUGUCACAUCCACAAAUUCUACUAAAAUAAUACGUUUAAGCUUGAUUUUGAUCCUUUAUAAAGUUUAUAUCGAAAUUAAGUCAGAUAAUACUUCAAACAAGAUACUAGAUAUUCUUAAAAGAGCUGUACAGAUCUCCUUCAAGGAAGAGGAAGUUAAAAGUAUUUUUGUUUUAAUUUCUUCAAAAUAUUACGAUAAUCCUUCGCAUUUAGCAAGAUACUUAACAUUUAUCCAAACACUAAACCAAUGCCAGUCAUAUGACCCUAAAUUCCCUAAAGUUCAAUCAAUAAAUGUCAAUAUCGAGUUUAAUGGAGUCAUUAAAUCGAUUUCAAUCUUCGAUAAAUGGGGACAUGAUCAGAUUAUCAAACUCGCCAAAGAUCUGUUCGGAAUUAAAGGAGAUGUUAAAAUUGAUUCAAAUUGUAAAAUUGAAAAGAACAAAAUCAUCAAAAUUACAGCUACAAGCAACGACAAUUUCUCAAACUCCCCGAAGAUACCUAUAGUUUGCCAGUACAAGAACGAGAAAAGAAUUAUUUCCACAAUUACCGGAACAAGUAUCGAAACAUUGAUUUCCAUCAUCAACCACUCAUUCAGUAAGAUUAUUAAAUCACCCUGCCGCUAUUACGUCCAUGGAAAUAAAACUUUUGAUAUUUCCACGAAAUCCAGCGUGAAUGAGCUAUCACUUCAGCGAGGAGAUGUCAUUGAGAUCACAAAACUUGUCCAUUUCGAUGAUAAUUCCAACAUGUACAACUUGUAUAAGAAAUUAUUUGAAAUUGCUGAUGGAGAUGACAAGAAAUCAGCAGAUAUUGCGAAAGUUCUAUUCAAACAGCUCCCUGUUGAUCCAAUUUGGAAGGCCCAAUUAUAUGAAGGGCAGUUAUUAUCUGAUACAUUCAAAGAUUUACCGGUUUCGGAACAAGAAUUCAUUCUCGAGCAGAUCAUGAGUGAAGAAAGUCUCCGAAAUAACUUCUACAAUUACAGAGGAUACGACAGAGUCGUAGAUCUUUACUUAAGAAAAGGAAAACUGACAGAUCAGAUCCGAAGUCUUCUUGAAGGCGGAAAUUUUGUUUACUACAAGCUCCAGGAUAUACUUUUCAGCUUGUACAAAGCGAAAGAAUUUUCAUUAGCCAAAAAACUUCUUAAAGAAGCUCGCAACGGCAAUGAUAUCGCGAUACAUUACCUUCCUGACCCAGAAAAAAUGAAAAUCAUCAUGAAGAACCUCAAUCAAAACGAACAAUCAAAAUUCAUUUCGACUUUCUCUGAUAACGACAUCGAAAUGGCCUAUUUCAAAGAGGUAUGUGGUGAUGGUGGUAACGAUUCCGUCAAUUAUCAGUUAUUGGAAUCCGAAAUCCAAAAAAUUGUUUCAGGUGAAGACGCAAAGCAGUUUUUCGAGAAAAUUACCAGCAAAAAGAACUAUCCCCUACUCGAAAAGCUUUGUUUGGCGAAGAUAAAUGUCGCAUUGACUCAUAUCGACAAUUUUGUCCUUCCUUUGCUCACAAACAGCGAUGAAAAAGCUGUUGAAUGCGGCAAAAAGAUCUUUUCCGCCAUUGUUGAUCGAUUAAGUGACCAAAAUGGCAUAAUUUCCGUAUUACAAGGAAUAUCUCGUUUUGUUUCUAACUCAAAAGAGAAACUUUGCAGGGACAAUCCCAAGAAAGAGCCAGAAUUCUUCUUGGAAUUUCCAAUUGACAAGAUAUUCGACCAUAUUUCGGAAAAAAAGUUAUUAAACGAGAAAACAUAUCAAUCCAUGAUCGAUAUCCUUAUUUCUUAUCACGAGAAGUACCAAGUAUUCGAUGGAAACAGUCUUGCAAUUGCAAAGUGUUUAAUUGAGUUCCCUAAGCAAAUAAUUUUCCCAGAAGAUUUCCAAAACGAAGAAGAAGAAGAAUACGCGUUCUACGACAGUUUCGAUGAUGAUGACGAUGAUGAAAAGAAAGCACAAAUAAAUCUCCUUGACAAAGCAAUAAUAAGUGUUGCUUAUUGCAACGAAUACAUGAAAGAAUUAAUGACAAGUAUCGUUGCAAAAAUUAGAAGAAAUGACAAAAUCGAGAAUUACAGGAAACUUCAUUUUGUCAGGAACGGAUUACUUGAUGCCAUUCUUCAUAAUGAUAACAGGAACUUUAUAAGACAAGCUGAGAUGGUUGAUGAUGAUAAUUUCCAGAAAAUUGUUGAUUUGUACGAAAUGCCAAUUUCUUCUGAAGAUGAUAAAAAGAGUGUGUUUAAAAAAUGUUGUGAACUUGGCAUUGAUUCGAACUUGGACAAGAAUGUUCUUCCUUUCAUUUUGAUUAAGGCUCUUUCAAUGAAAGAAAAAGGUGAUAACAAUGAUGAUUUAGUUAUCAAUGUUUUCCAAUCUGUUUUCAACAACAUCCCUGUACCUACCAAUCACAAUAAUGUAAGUGAAGCAGACAUCCUCUGUGUAAAUAUAUUCAAACCUUACAUAAAUGAAUGGUUUGAGUCGAAAUCUCUUGAAAAUAUUGUAAUUAAGACUGCUUUCUUGUACAAUUCAAUACGUGAUUUCCAUAGAAAGAUUGUUAAGAAAUAUUCUGAUCAGAUUGUAAACUACAUCACUGAAACAAUUUUGGCUGAUGAUACUGAGUAUAGAGAAAAUACAGCUAGAUACUACGAGAGAUUCGCAAAGACAAUUAAACUUUCAAUAGAAAUUGAGCCUCAAAACAAACAGAAAUACGCACCACUACUCGAGAAAAUUAGUGAGCAUAUAACAAAUAAAUUACACAGGAAGAAAUGGGAACCUUAUUUUGCCAUAUUUAAAUAA